AUGACAUCUGUAUUACAAUUGAAUAUAUCUGGAAGACUUAUUCGUCGUAUAUUUUUUUUAUUUAUUAUUUCUAUGUUAAUAUUAUCAGUAAUUAUUUUAUAUACUAAAAAUUUUCACAAGUCUUUCUCUCAAUCGACUGUAAAUUUUGGUAUAAGUCAAAUUCAAUAUAAUGUUCAUAAACAAGUGUCAUAUAGUCAACAAUUAACUGGUAAUAAAGGAAAUAAUAGUAUUACAAAAAAACUGCCAUUAAUCUAUCAACCUUCAUCACAAUCAAGUCUAUUACGAGCUCUCCUUCUUUUUUAUCCGAAUGAUCAAGAAUCAGAUUUUUUACCUGAAUUCCGGUGGUUUUAUCGUUCAUGGACUGAAAUGAUGAUAAAUGAAUCGAUAUUAUGGAGAACUGAUUUAAUUGUUUAUACUAGUGAAUAUGCAUCAAUUUUUAAAGAUCUCGAUUGUAUAUAUAAUCAAAUCCGUAUAAAUUCAGAAGAGAAACCUAAAUGUCGUGUUUUUCCUUAUAUUCGUAUAAAAAGUCGUACAACGACACAUGAACCUUCUAGUAAAUAUCAAACUAUUGAUAAACAACGCUCACAAACAACUUAUCAAUAUUUACGAGCUUAUGAAUAUAUUGAUUCAAUUAAUACAGUUUUUGAAUAUAAAGCAUCUUUUUCUAUGUAUGAUUUUAUACUUCGUACAGAUAUGGAUUGUUUUCUAACAUAUAAUUUUGCAUACUAUGUUCCAUAUAAUUAUUCUAUACUUGUUGGUCGUGGUGGUUAUUCGACAGAAUUUAAUAAUAAACGUUUAAAACGUAUUGCUCGUGAUAUGAAUUGGACAUAUGCUAAUAAGAAUGGUUUAGGAUCAACUUGGUACGGACCACCAUCUAUGAUUCAUCAUAUGGCUAAUUAUACAAUACAAGCUAUGAUACAUCUUGUAACGAAUGAAUUUACUACACCAGAAAGAGAACGUAAACUAGGUGUAAUGCUUUGGCCUGAAUGGCAUUUUGGUGUUCUUUUACUCUAUGGUGGUCAUUUAGCUAUAAAUCAUCUUAUUACUAGUGAAAAUCUUAAAAUAGCUGUUGGUGAUCAAUUAUUAGAUCAGGGUGUAACAUCAAAAGAUAAAAAUGAUAUUAGUAAAAAUUUACGUUUACAUCUUCAUUGUUGGCAUGGAGAUGAUCCAUUUUCAAAAUUUCAAUUUAAAGCUGGUAAAUAUAAUGAAAUAGAUAGAUCGACAUUAAUUUCUGAUACAUCACCAUCAGGCUAUGCAAUGCGAUUAGCAUUAGAAUCGAAAGCAAUGACACUUCAACAAUUAAAACAAACUCUUCUUGAUAUUAAAAAGUGA